GAUUGAAGAUGAGCUGGAGAUGACUAUGGUUUGCCAUCGGCCUGAGGGACUGGAGCAACUUGAGGCCCAGACCAACUUCACCAAGAGGGAGCUGCAAGUCCUUUAUCGAGGCUUCAAAAAUGAGUGCCCCAGCGGCGUGGUCAAUGAAGAAACAUUCAAACAGAUCUACGCUCAGUUUUUCCCUCAUGGAGGUGAGUCUGACCUGUUAAAAGACUUGUCCCGCUCCCUCUCUGGUGGGCAGCCUUCCCUGCCUCCAGCACCAAGUCCACUCUUCUUGCUUACAGAUGCCAGCACCUAUGCCCAUUACCUCUUCAACGCCUUCGACACCACCCAGACAGGCUCCGUGAAGUUUGAGGACUUUGUGACUGCUCUUUCAAUCCUACUGCGAGGAACUGUCCAUGAGAAGCUCAGGUGGACAUUUAAUUUGUAUGACAUCAAUAAAGACGGAUACAUAAAUAAAGAGGAGAUGAUGGACAUUGUCAAGGCCAUCUAUGACAUGAUGGGGAAAUACACAUAUCCUGUGCUCAAAGAGGACACCCCAAGGCAGCAUGUGGACGUCUUCUUCCAGAAAAUGGACAAAAAUAAAGAUGGCAUCGUGACUUUAGAUGAAUUUCUUGAAUCCUGCCAGGAGGAUGACAACAUCAUGAGGUCCCUCCAGCUGUUCCAAAAUGUCAUGUAACUGGGGACACUCAACCAUCCAGCUCUCAGAGACUUUGUACUAAACAACCACUUUAACACCCUGAUCUGCCCUUAUUCUGACUUUACACACCGACUCUUGGGACAGAAACACCUUUUAAACACUUUGAAAGCAUUCUCUGCUGAAGACUUUCUUUGGA